AGGGUUUCCUGCCUCUCCUCCCUCUUUCUCGUAUUACAAUUACUUGCGAUCGGAAGGCGGCGAGGGCAGGGCUAUGGCGGCAGUGAUAUCCCUGGACGGCGUCCGCGACAAGAAUGUGAUGCAGUUGAAGAAGCUCAACACUGUCCUCUUCCCCGUCCACUACAACGAGAAAUACUACGCCGACGCCAUUGCUUCUGCGGAUUUCACCAAGCUCGCUUAUUUCAGCGAUAUCUGUGUUGGUUCAAUUGCUUGCCGACUUGAGAAAAUUGGAGGAGCUAUGUCUGUUUACAUUAUGACCCUGGGUGUUUUGGCACCAUACCGUGGACUUGGGAUUGGCACAACAUUGUUGAAACACGUGCUCGAUUUGUCGGAGAAGAAGAACAAUAUCUCAAAGAUAUACCUGCAUGUUCAGACAAAUAACGAAGAUGCAAUUGCCUUCUAUAAGAAAUUUGGAUUUGAAAUUGUAGAUACGAUAUACAAUUAUUAUGCGAACAUCAGCCCACCAGAUUGUUAUGUGCUAAGUAAGGAAGUCCAUGCUAAGAAAUGAUCCUUAACAACUCAGUUAUUCUGGACAACAGGACCUAUCCGCAUCUAGACUUAUGAGAUACUCAGUUUUUAGGGUUGUCAUUUAUGGUAGCACCACUCAUCUAUGUAAGUGUGUUGUUUUGCAAAUUGCAAACAGAAUUUAACGAGUUUUGCUGGUCAAGCACAACGGAAUGAUUGGUAAUGAGUUUUGCAACUUUCAGAUCUGCUCUUGUGAGUCUGAUUUGUAGAACAUGAUAUUCCAGUGUAAAAUUUUUUUGGUAAAAUGUUCAAGUAUUUAGGAUGGUUCUUUCUGGUUGCUCUA